AUGUCGCUGUUCUCCUUUUCCACGCCGUUGGACAUCGACAUAGUCCUCGAAGCUGCCGAUGAGCGACCGACAGUUGAUGUAAAGCUCGACAAGAACCGGCGCGAGAAAUGCCCGCUAUAUCUGGACGGUGAGACUGUCAAGGGCGCAGUCACAAUACGGCCCAAAGAUGGCAAGCGGCUAGAGCACACAGGCAUCAAAGUGCAAUUCAUUGGCACUAUCGAGAUGUUCUUCGACCGCAACACGCACCACGAAUUCCUCUCCCUACAGACCGAAUUGGCUGCGCCAGGCGAGCUGCAACACCCGGUCACGCUUCCGUUCGCCUUCAAGAACGUCGAGAAGGCAUACGAGUCAUAUCAUGGGAUCAAUGUUAAGCUCAGAUACUUUCUGCGAGUAACAGUCUCUCGGCGCAUGGCGGAUGUGGUACGAGAGAAGGAUAUCUGGGUAUACUCAUAUCGCCAGCCGCCGGAGAGCAACAGCGUCAUCAAGAUGGACGUGGGCAUUGAGGAUUGCUUACACAUCGAAUUCGAGUACAGCAAGAGCAAAUACCACCUGAAAGAUGUCAUUGUCGGCCGCAUAUACUUUUUGCUGGUGCGAUUGAAGAUACGGCACAUGGAACUCUCUAUCAUUCGGCGAGAAACCACUGGUGUACCCCCAAACCAAUACAACGAGUCAGAAACACUGGUACGCUUCGAAAUUAUGGACGGCUCGCCUUCGCGUGGCGAGACAAUACCUAUCCGUCUCUUCCUAGGCGGCUUUGACCUGACUCCCACAUUCCGAGACGUGAAUAAGAAAUACAGCACCCGGUACUAUUUGUCAUUGGUUCUGAUCGACGAAGAUGCAAGACGGUAUUUCAAGCAGAGCGAGAUUGUUCUGUAUCGACAAGCACCGGAAACGAAUGAGCUUGCCAUGCGACAAGCCAAGGAGAUUCAGGCCAGCUAGGAAAGCGCUAAUGAGACACGACAUAUUAUCAACGGCGUCAGGAUGGGAACAGCAUAUCUUAACACUACUACUCCUACCACCGUUGAGGACAUCCGCAGUCUAGAGGAACAAGGUCGGCCUCCAGAGCGGGGAGAAUGGGAUGAUUUGUUUCGACAUGCUGCUCAGAGGAAAUUGCAGAAUAUAUCCCCUGAGGAGCUGCUGGAUGGAUUGUCGGGCGCAGGUGACGAAUCCGGGCGUAGCAAGGUUGAAUCAAUGACCUGAUCACUUGGUGCGUGUCUGAGAACGCAACGCGUAUGGAGACCAGGCGUUAAAAAGAAGCACGAAUUUGUACAGGCUAAGACGGGAGCAACGGCAUUCGUGUGUCGCUCUGCAGUGCGCCGGCCUUGGAGCCAUGAGGCAUUAACUACUCAUACGAAUGGGCCAUUGCUCGCCAUCCAUGGUCAUAGUAUUGAUGGCCGGGACAUUCAUGACCGAGUGGACCCAUCAAUUUGCAAAUCAACAUUGCUGUGGAUUGCUGCAGACAAUGCUGACACACCAAUGACGAUGCCCCUUCUUUCCUAAGCCCGCAUCUAACCGCAAGCCGAGCUCCAAAAGCAGCUGGAGAAAUGGAACGUAGGAUGAUUCACCAUAAACAACCCCAUAGUCCUCCGCAUGCCGC